AUGGCACCUCAUCAGUACUCUCUUCUCUCCAUUUUCCUUCUCUACAGUACCUUCUCUCUCACCUCGGCUCUCAACGCCAACGGGGGCGGCUUCAGCGUGGAUCUCAUCCACCGCGAUUCCCCAGACUCUCCCUUCUACAACCCUUCAGAAACUCCUUCGCAGCGCAUAGCAGAGGCUUUGCGCCGCUCCAUUAGCCGCGCCAAUCAUUUCAAGCCGACUUCUUCUGCACUCUCUCCCAACGAACCCCGAUCUGAAGUACUCGCAAAUAAAGGCGAAUACCUCAUGAAAUACUCGGUCGGCAGGCCGCCGUUCCCGGUCCUAGGCAUUGCCGACACCGGCAGUGAUCUAAUCUGGUUGCAGUGCAAGCCUUGCUCCUACUGUUACGAGCAAAAAGACCCGAUUUUUGAUCCUCGCGAGUCAAAAACGUACAGAGACGUUGCCUGUACUUCGACGCAAUGCCAGUCCAUAGACGGAACCUCAUGCUCAUCGUCAUCUUGCAAAUAUUCAGUGUCUUAUGGAGAUAAAUCGUACUCAAAUGGAGACCUUGCUUUCGACACUCUCACGCUGGAAUCCACCACAAGCCGGCCUGUGUCUCUUCGUAAUAUUGUCGUAGGCUGUGGACGCGAUAAUAACGGAACCUUUGAUAAGAAAAGUUCUGGCAUAGUUGGCCUUGGAGGCGGCGCCGCUUCCCUUGUUUCCCAACUGGGUUCUUCUAUUCGAGGAAAGUUUUCAUAUUGCUUGGUGCCUAUUUUUUCCGAAGGAAAAAACUCAAGCAAAUUGAGAUUUGGUAGUGAUGCCGUGGUUUCUGGUUCUGGAGCCGUGUCUACUCCGUUAAUCCCAAAAAGGCCGGAAACUUUCUACUUCCUAACACUCGAGGCGAUGAGUGUUGGCAACAAAAGAUUGGAGUUGAGGGAUUCUUCCUCUUUUGGAGACGGCCCAUUCCCAGAGGGAAACAUUAUCAUCGAUUCGGGCACGACAUUGACUCUAUUGCCAGCAGACUUCUACUCCAAGUUUGAAUCAGCAGUGGCGGAAAGAAUUGAUUUAGAACCCGUGGUCGAUGGGGAUCAAUUUCUAAGACUUUGCUACAAGUCUGCAUCCGACGAUAUAGGCGUUCCGAUUAUCACAGCGCAUUUCGCCGGCCGGGCAGACGUGAAGCUGAAUCCGGCGAACACGUUCGUCAGAGUAACGGAAGAAGUAAUGUGCUUGGCUUUCAUUCCCAGUGAAAGCCUGUUCAUCUUUGGUAACUUGGUGCAGAUGAACUUCUUGGUUGGUUAUGACACCGUGGCGAAGACUGUGUCCUUUAAGCCAACGGAUUGCACACAGCUGUAA